AAAAUCGAAAUGAUUUGACAAGUUUCAAGCUUUAGUUUUUUAGGUUAAUUCGGUUUGUAUUGUGAAUUGUCAUUGUUGCGGCAAAACUUUUAUUUUUGAACUUCAAAGUAUUAAUCCUAGACAAAUAUGUCGAAUAUUAAUUUGCAAUGUCUGCUGGGAAUACAAUGCAAUGAUUUUGUUAUGAUAGCCGCGGAUCAAACAAAUAUCCAUAGUAUUAUGGUGAUGAAAGAUGAUGAGGAAAAGAUUUACAAAAUAUCGGACAAGUUGGUGAUGGGUGUUAUUGGGGAUUCCGGCGAUACGACACAGUUUGCGGAAUACAUCGCAAAGAACAUUCAACUGUAUAAAAUGCGGAACGGUUAUGAGCUUGGGCCUUCUGCUGCUGCUAACUUUACCAGGCGGAAUCUCGCGGAAUACCUCAGAAGUAGUACUCCAUAUUUUGUGAACCUGUUGAUGGCUGGUUACGAUAAAGAGAAUGGCCCAGAACUUUACUUCAUGGAUUACUUAGCAUCUAGUGUGAAGGUGCCCUUUGCAGUUCACGGUUUUGGUGGAAUGCUCAGCAUGAGCAUUAUGGACCGUUACCAUAAGAAAGAUGCUACUGAAGAAGAAGCAUAUGAAAUUCUGAAGAAGUGUGUGCAAGAAGUGCAUCAGCGUCUUUUUAUCAGUCUGCCAAACUUCCAAGUAACUGUAGUGAACAGAGAUGGUAUUAAAGCCCUGCCAGUUAUUAACUCUGCAGCUUUGAAGUGAUUUUUUUAAAGAAUAAUGUAUUAAAGUUUAAGUUAUAAUAAUAAAGUAUGAUUUUUUUUCCUC